AUGAUCCCUACCGCACUCACAGUCCUGCUCGCUGCUCUCGGUGUGACCGGAUCCCCGGUAGAACCCCGAGCAGCAGAUGGUCUUAAUACACGUGCCGUUGCGGCAGGCAAGCAGUACUUCGGCAGCGCAACUGACAACCCCGAGCUUUCAGAUACAGCUUACCUUGCCGGCCUCAGCAACACCGCAGAUUUCGGACAGAUCACACCCGGUAACUCAAUGAAAUGGGACACCAUUGAACCAUCUCGCGGUACCUUCUCCUAUACGAAAGGAGACGUUAUUGCAGAUCUUGCUGCAAAGAACGGACAACUCCUCCGUUGCCAUACCCUUGUAUGGUACAAUCAAUUGCCAAGCUGGGUCACCAAUGGUGGCUUCGACAACUCCACCCUGAUUAGCAUCCUCCAGAACCACAUCACUAACGAGGUAACACACUACAAGGGCAAGUGCCUCCACUGGGACGUGGUCAACGAAGCGCUCAACGAGGACGGAACCUACCGCACCAACGUCUUCUACACCACCAUCGGCCCAGCAUACAUCCCUAUUGCCUUCGCUGCAGCCGCUGCCGCCGACCCCAGUGCAAAGCUCUACUACAACGACUACAACAUUGAAGCAGCCGGUUCCAAAUCCACCGCCGCCCAGAACAUCGUCAAGCUCGUCAAAGCCUAUGGCGCCAAGAUCGAUGGCGUCGGCAUGCAAGCCCAUCUCAUCGUCGGAUCCACCGGCUCCGAAUCUGUCUCCGCCUGGACAGCCAAUAUGAAUGCCUUCACCGCCUUGGGCGUCGACGUCGCCAUCACCGAGCUCGACAUCCGUACUACCACACCUGCUACCGCCGCUGCCGUCACGCAGCAAGCGAAGGACUACGCCACCGUGAUUGGGGGCUGCAAGGCUGUGACUCGAUGCGUAGGUGUCACCAUCUGGGACUACACGGACAAGUACUCCUGGAUUCCUUCUACAUUCUCCGGCCAAGGUGCUGCGUUGCCAUGGGACGAGAACUUGGUUAAGAAGACAGAGGUGUAUAACGCUAUUCUUAAUGCUUGGGGGACUGGCAGGCAUAGCACGGGUACGACCCCUACUGCGACCGCCACCGCGACCGCGACGAAGACGACUACUACGGCAGCUCCAGCAACGAGUUCUGCGGCGAGUGGCACGGUGCCGAAGUGGGGACAGUGCGGUGGGAAUGGGUGGACGGGUCCUACGCAGUGUGAGGCGGGAAGCACGUGCACAAAGGCCAAUGACUACUAUAGUCAGUGCUUGUAG